CCUCUUGGUCUGAUCGCUCUGUUUCUCUUCACUUUCUGAUAUUGGGUUCGUCAAAGGAAGACAGAUCUCAUUAUUGAACUCCUCCAAGCUUAAGUAUGACCCUUUUGAAAGUCUCUUCACAGCUACUUCUUCUUGCCAGUGUGAAGUUCUACCUCGUAGAUGUUGACCUCGUUAGGAUACUCCACUUGUAGUCGAGGUCACAAGUAACUACAUCUCGAUUGGUGUGCCUAAAGCAGUGGGUUCUAGAGUGUAUGUAGCGGCUCAUCCAGGCAUUAGUUCUGAUUACAGUAUGGAGGAUGUCAAACGGCUCAGAGCUGAGACUUAUGGCAUUGAUCCGGCUGUGGCUGAAAGUGUGAUCCCCGGACUUGAGUUUGAGUCCUGCAAUUUGAGGCAGGGUGACAUGACAGUGUUGGAAUAUGGGCGGCUUUUCAAUAGAUCAUAUCGUUUUGUAUCUCCCUUGGUGGCUAAUGAGAGGGAUAAAAUCCACAAGUUUCAACAAGGAUUAAGAGAUGAACUCCGUGAUAUGUUAGUGGUUACCUUAUUUACUGAGUUCAGUCAAGUAUUUUUGGCCGCCAUGAAGUAUGAGGAUAGGCUUUUGGAAUGUGUACAACCAUUGGAGGUGGGUUUCCCCAGCCAGAGUCUUUCCGAGAAGGCUAGUACUAGUUCGAGUUCCGCGGCUUUAAUAUGCACUAGAUCUGAAAAUUCAAGACCCGGCGCACUAAAAAGAAGACGUCGGGGUCGGAAGCGGAGAUUUAUCAAGCGCAAUAUGAAAAAGACCAAUCAGUCUGGGGAGAGUGUUGGCGGUAAUAGUAGAGCUCCUGUUCAGGGAGGCCGUCCACAGUGUCAGAGAUGUGGCAGAUACCAUGAUGGACAGUGCCAAGUAGGACUAGAAAUGAUAGGGAGUUCGGUAUGUUAUCAGUGUGGCCGCCAUGGUCACUACUUGAGGCAGUGCCCUCAACUGGCCUAGGAGCUACUUCAGUGCUGAUCAGAGUGCAUAAGUUAGGCGUCCAGCAGUGACACACAAUACUAGUACAACAUUCCAUGGUUCACAACAAGGCAGAGGGCUGUCUAUGACUCGGAUUAAUUUUGUGAACUAUUAAAUUUAGUAACUAAUUCCAUUGACCGUCACUAGUACCUAAUCCUGUUCAUGAAUCA